UGGGGGUUGUGAACCGUAUCACCGAGAGGGUCGUGUGAGUUUACGCUUGACAGCUGCUCCCGUAGCUGACCGAGCGAGCGAGCGAGCCAAGGGGAGGAGGGAGCCAUUGUCCUUGCCCCCCCCCGGGGGUACGGCAGUUCACCUUCCUCUCUCGGCGCCGAAAGGGUGAAGGAAAGGUGACUGGGCCUCCGCCAUUUUGCUGUACGGACUCGCUUUUUUCUUAUUUCGAAAACAAACCGCGCCGUUAGCGCCUGUGAGCGCCGCUCGGAGAUGGUGAUAUCGUGUUCGGCUCAUUCUUGUACGAACAGACAGGGCAAAGUCGCCAAGUCCAUCUCAUUCCACAGAUUUCCUUUGAAGGAUGCCAAUCGGUUAGCAAAAUGGAUCAGCGCUAUUGGGCGGACGAACUGGAUUCCAACCAAGUUUUCCUUCUUGUGCAGUGCUCAUUUCACCAAAGAUUGCUUUGAAAAGCGCCAGGAGGACCAACAUCAACUUCUUAAAUCCUGUGCCGUCCCUUCCAUAUUCCACUUCGUGGAACGGCAGAAGAAAGUAGACAGGAUACGCACGAGCUGUCAAGGUGCAGUCAAAAUACCUUUGGCUUUGAUUAACGAGGAAGGGGCAUUGUCAAGUCGGUGCACGACCAGCGGCCCAUUCAAUGGCAAAGGGUUGAUGGAAACAGAUGGACUCCCUGACUUCAAUGCUGAAUCCAUUGAUGGCAACCACGUGCAUGAGAAAAGCCCUGUGGUAGCUGGUAGCAGUUCCUCAGUGGCAGGAGAACUGGUCGACUGUACAAAUGCUGACCAAGUGUGUAGAUUAAGGUCUAAAGACAGCCAGGCGACUGGUGACGAAAGGUUGCUGAUAGACAGCGCUAUACUGUUUCCUGAUGACGCUAUCCCAUCUGCCUCCGGUGCGUGCAAACUGAUCCACACUCUGCAUUCAUAUUGCUUGACUCCACCACACAGCAUCUUCAUCAAAGAGCAGGUUAUGAAAAAGAACGCAGAGCUCAAGAUCCUGAGAAAACAGACUAGUCGUGCCGGAAAUCGAGUGAAGAGACUGGAGGAGUUGAUCUGUAGACUGCAAGAAACCAAUUCCAUUUUAGUGAAACGCUUUCUUUCUCAGGAGCACGGUGUGCAUAUACAUCCAGCCAUUGAGCCGCUCUGGUGGAUGUUAGGAACCUGGAUUUCUGAAUCCCCAGGUGAAGGCUCCUUCCCAAGCAUCAGACCUUUCACGUACUUGGAGAAAGUGCAGAUCACAUAUGUUGGGCAGCCCAUGCUGAACUUCUCAUUUAAUGCCUUCGACCCUGACACAAAGAAGCCAAUGCAUAGAGAGUCUGGAUUUAUCAGGAUCAAGCCUGGCACUAAUAAGGUGGCAUUCAUCAGUGCGCAAAAUACAGGUGUUGUAGAGAUUGAAGAGGGAGAGGUGAAAGAUCGGGAGCUGACUCUAGCCUCUCAGUCUGUGAAUAGAAUGUCUUUUGCAAAGGAGCCACACGUCCAGCAGAUUACACGGACAUUCAGGCUCACAGCAGAAGGGAAGUUGGAGCAAACUGUUUUUAUGGCAACUGAUCAACAGCCAUUGACACAGCACCUUCACAUAACAUACACACGCAGUCCCUAAAGCAGUAUGUUAAUUUAACAUACACUGGCAAACCCUACAGCAGCAUUUCUUUAAGAUGUGGAUUUUAAGCCGUAAUGCAACACCUCGUAUAAAUGUUGUUCCUAUCAAGCUGUCCCCGUGAGCUGAAACUGAGGAUGUGAGUUCUGCAGAGAUUUAGCUCCAUCUCAUUAUUGCAGAUUACUUUUCGCCCCCAAAAUACACAGUCCACUUUGCAGUAUAUCCUGUGAAGUGCUUUGAGACAUCUUGAUGACAUAAUAAGGCGCUAUAUUAAAUUGCAGGAUUAUCAUUAUUAUUACAACACCACCCUGAGCAGAGGCCAGCUGGUCAUUUGACAGUUCAAGACAGAUGAAGACAGUUUCUUGCAGUCCAAGAUCUUAAUUUUCAAGUUUAUAAUCUGCUGUAAGAUUUUGUUGUAACAUAUCACAAUGUUGUGGCUUUGCUUAUUAAAACUAGGCACCUGGUGAGUUUCCAUUGAACUGCUUCGGCAGUGAAAUUACACUGACUGUAUGGUGUCUGGAUACCAAUGAAACUGUUACAGGACUUGAGCCCUUUUAAAGAACUUAAAAGUUUCCAUUAAGUCUGCCAGAAAAUUCAAAGUACGUGUUGUAUGUUUUUCAGCAGUUAAGAACUCAGUGGAAAAAAAGACACUUCAAAAGAAAGAUGAGCUCAUCUCGUGUCAGUGCCUGCCAGUUAUCCUUUUAAUUUCAGAUCAUUUUUUUCUGCCUUUCGCUCUUUCUCUCCCCCCCCCUCCCCCCCAACCCUCCAAGGAAAGCUCCCUUUUUAAAAAGAUAUUUUCUUAGCUUCCCCUUUUUCCUUUUUCUUUGGUCUCCGCACUGGUAUCAAUCAAACUGAUAAUUGGAUAACCUCCUUACGAGACUUUCCCAUAUGCUAUCAAGUCAGUUUAGACUAUGACGACCCAUUUGGCUCCUGCCGUUGAAGAUGGCUGCAAAGUCUGUUUAUGCAGCAGAUGUUUUGCAUAGCUGCUGCUGUUUCCAUGUUACUGGCUGUUGUGAAAAUGUCGAUGGCGAUUCUUUGAACAAUAUUAAUUUCAAGUUUCCUCAAGAUGUCUUACAUCUGUAGGAGUUACCAUUGCACAGGGUCAGAAAUUGCAAAUGAUUCAGAGGUAAUAUCUUUGGCAUUUCAUUUUUUGCUUAAACAUAAUAAUCCUUGCAUUUUAUACAGUACUUUAUCAUGUCAUUGAGAUCUCUCAAAGCACUUCACAGAAUAUAUUCUAAAAUGGAUUGAUUGUUAUUUCGUGGGUGAAAUUUACGUGAGGCAAGCUUCAAUUGACUGAAUAUACUAGCAUUUGGGGAGUCUUUAUCCUCACACUGUAGGUUUGCUCAGCAUAUUUUAGUUGACAUUUUCAAUGUUUGUGGUCUGAACUCUCAGCAGGAUUUCCACAUUGCACGUUGUAUUUUAUUAUUUUAUAAUAAAAAAAUUAUAUAGCUGGAAAUAUGAGAAUUAUUACUAAUUAUUAACAAUAGAAUUGACAAAGGUGCUUAAUAUUAAUGCCAGUAUUUUCCAUGUUUCAUUGGCGUGCAGAAGAAUUUACAUAAAAUGCACACAAACUCCUUUAGUGUACGAUGGAUCUUCUGGUGACUGUCAUGGGCUCUUGGGUGGAGUGAGGGUGGAAUCUGAUAUGUUGACUACCUUUAAGAGCUUAAUUGCCUAUGGGCCGGUUAAACAGGUUGCUCCAAAUAAUGGACUGGAAGUUACUUGACGGUGUGUUUUUCGACGGAGCAAUAUGUUUCUUGUUGAUUUAAACAUCAGUGAACUCAUCACUCUUUGUACAAACUAUUAGACACUUAACGCCGAUCUGAUCUCCUGGAUUGUGAGUGAUGAAAGUAAAAGAUAAUGGGUUUUCACGUAAAA